ACACAACUUCAUCGAGGGCGGUCAGGAUCACUGUUCCCCAGUUCAACUUCUCCUCAACGAAACAAUCGAACACCCACCACUUGCACACUAUCGCCGCUACCGUCACCGUCGUCGUCUUAUCCAGUACGCAACUUGGCUCAAUCGUGCUCGUUGUCCGUGGUCCGAAGGGCAACAUCACGCAACUCUUUCGCGCAGACUUGGGAGAUUGAAUCCUCCCAAGAACUCACGACAUGUCGGCCGAAAUUCCCACAGAGUCUGCUCCAGUAGCCACCGCAUCUGAAGCUCCCAAGAGCGAUAUCUCCGCUGCACAAACUGAUGGCGCAUUUGCCGCGCCGGGCGGCGAUUACAUUCAAGAUCCGGAAUGGGAUGUCCAAGUGAAGCUAAAGGAUCUUCAAGCCGAUCCAAACAACCCUCUGUACUCUAUCAAGAGUUUCAAUGAGCUUCAACUAGCCGAGCCACUUGUGAAAGGCCUUGUCAAAUUGAGCUUCCGAAAGCCAUCCAAGAUCCAAGAGCGCGCGCUCCCACUGCUUCUGAGGGACCCUCCUACCAAUCUCAUUGCACAAUCUCAGUCUGGAACUGGUAAAACCGCCGCGUUCGUACUAAACAUGCUUAGCCGGGUCAAGUUGGACACCAUCACACCACAAGCGCUUGUACUUGCUCCAACGCGCGAGCUUGCUGUUCAGAUUCGGCAAGUCAUCCAGAGCAUGGGAGAGUUUCUGCCAGGUCUCGUGGUCCAGAACAUCAUUCCAGACCCAAGCAAAAAGGGCAUCAAGUACGAAGCUCACAUCUUGGUGGGCACCCCAGGCUCAGUCGUAGAAACCAUCAAGAGGAAAUUGCUCGACACCAGACAGAUCGGGAUUCUCGUAUUAGAUGAGGCAGAUAACAUGCUGGAUAUGCAAGGAAUGGGCGAUCAGUGCAAGCGAGUCAAGGUUGCUCUCCCACACAAGCCUCUCCAAGUGGUGCUUUUCUCGGCUACCUUUCCCGAGGAGGUCAUGAAAUAUGCCAACCAAUUUGCUCCUAACGCCGACGAGAUCACACUAAAGCCGAGUCAAACCGUCGUCAAAGGAAUCAGACAGUUAUAUUUAGACUGCAACAACCUUCAAGAGAAGUUUGAUACCUUGCUGAAGUUCUACGGUCUGAUGACCAUCGCCUCAUCGAUUAUCUACGUCAGAACUCGUGCAACUUCCGCCAGUCUCGCCCAGCGCAUGAUUUCCGAGGGGCACGCCGUUGUUCAGCUCAGUGGUGAACUCGAGGGUCACGAGCGUGAUGCGGUCAUGGAAAAGUUCCGAAGCGGUGAGGCAAAAGUCCUGAUCACCACAAAUGUGCUCUCUCGGGGUAUCGAUGUACAAUCAGUGACCAUGGUCAUCAACUACGACAUUCCAGAAGACAAGGAUGGAAGACCCGAUCCAGAAACAUACUACCACAGGAUCGGACGAACAGGUAGAUUCGGACGUGUAGGCGUUGCAAUCAGCUUCGUGCACGACAAGGACAGCUGGGACAGACUAUAUGCUAUUGCCAAACACUUCGAUAUGGAGCUUCACCUGCUAAAUACCGAUGAUUGGGAUAAGGUCGAGGAUGAAGUAUCAAACAUGAUCAAGCACAACAGAGCUGGCGCGUCUAUAGAGACGAUGCAGAAGGAAGGCACCGCAGGUGCAUCAUAGAUCCAUGCCGAGACGAGGAGAUCCAUAUGAGAAGACGAUAUGCAACAGACGAACCCGUAUACCAUUCAAUGAUGGAUAUGUGUCAACUUGCAGAUGGAAAAACACAUUGCCAGCAGCAAAAGAUGUUAAUUCGUAGAUACCAAUUGCAGCAUAGGAAAGGUGGAGGUUUUUGGCAAUUCAAAACGGGGAAAGUAUGGCAUAUAGCCUUCCAAUAGCAAACUUCGUUACCUUCGCGCACGCGUCC